AUGUGUUCGCUUUGUCACAGCGUGAUCUCACAUUUCCAGGAGUCCAAAAUGAAAGAUGGGAAAGCGUUCAAAGAAGUGAGUUCAAGAUAAAAAUGUUUUUGAAAAUCGGGAGUUUUCGGUGUGAAAUUGAAAAUUUGGGGGUGUAAAUAGGUCGAAUAUGAAUUUUAAGGCUUCAUAUUUGAUUUGGAAGGGAUUCUAUAGAGCAAAAAUGUUGUUUUAGUCAUCAAAAUUUAUAUUUUGAAAAACGAGAUUUUUUGAUUUUUUUCGGAAAAAUUAGUGUUCGUUCUUUUUUAGACAUCAGAAAUUUCAUUUUAAGGCAAUUAUCAUGCAACCCAAUGGCUAAUUUAUUUUUUAAAAUCAAAAAAAUCGGCCAAAAUCACCGUAUUCAAGCCUAAAAUCAUCAUUUCCCCCGUCAAGAGCCAUAUAACUCUCAUUUCUAAUCUCCAUUUCCAAUUUCAGCAGCUCUUCAUGUCCUGCACACUUCUCCGAUCCCCCGAAGAGAUCGACAAAUGCCGCGAAGACAUUGACGAUGAGAAAUUGAAACAGCUCGACACGAAAACCGUCGAGGAAAUGUGCGUGGAGCAGAAAAUGUGCAAGAAAAACGAGAAACCGCGCGAAUUCCGAACGACGCUGGAGGUGAAAACACAAACACCGAUCAGUUCGAACAUCGAGACCGCGUUCUACACCAGCAAACAUGGGGAUAGCAACGGCUUCAAACAGUUCAAUUCGGCCGAUUCGAAAGGUGAUUAUAAUUGAGAGGAAAAUUUGAGAUUUUGGUGGGUGGUUGGGCACAAAAAUGAGAUUGGGAAAGAAAAUAGAUUAUGUAAAGAGUAUUUUAAAGUCACUGCGCAAAUAAUUUGUUGACAAAAAAUAAAUUUUUUCGACGAGUUUUGAUUAAAAACCCGACUUUUUGGGGUUUUCGGACAAAAAUUCUCAAUUUGACAAACUUUUCGCCUAUUUUCUUUGGGUUUCUCGAUUUACUAGGCCAGUUUAUUAUCAUGGUAAUACCUACUAUCAAAAACAUGGGGAUUUUUGCUUGUUUUUCCCACCUUUCGGACCUUAUUUUAGGUUAGGUCUAGUCAAAAAUUGCAAUAUCAAAAAAUGCUAAAUUUUUUCACCGGUUUAGUUUGGAACUCCGUAGUUUAGCUCUACAACCUUUUAAAGACUUUUUGAACUUUUUUCAUAAGCCGAUUUCACCGGUAUUUUCCAUUUCCACAACUUUUUAUUUAUAUUAUCCAUGGUGAUGGUUUCCGAUUUUUCAGCCCCACUGUUCUUCACUGUAAUACUCACAGCACUGGCAAUAUUCCGUCGAUGA